CCACAAUUCAGAUCGGACCACCAGUAGAGCUCCUGUCAAUCACUGUUUCAGAUCAAUGGCUAGUUCUACAAAUGAUGAAAUCGAAGCUAGUCCCAUGCAGAAAAAGGACUGCUUCUUUUUUGUUGAAUAUGGAUCAUGUAGUUUUGGCAAGAAUUGCAACUAUAAUCACCCCUCUCGAGAAGAUUCUCAGGUUCGUCAGGAAGGAAGUGCUGAAAUCGUGUAUCCAAAUUACACUCGUAGAAUCCCAUGCAAGUUUUUUCGUGCUGGAUAUUGCAAGUAUGGAAUCUAUUGUGGAUUUAGUCACUCAAUGCCUCCUCCCCCAAUGCAGUACAACUCUGAUGGACUUCCAAUGCGAUUGGGUGAGCAUGUAUGUGCCCACUAUGUGUCUUAUCGUUCAUGUGGUUAUGGAGCAGGCUGCAAGUUCCACCACCCAGAGCUAAACUACUCCGUCCCUCAAGAAUAUGGUCCUCAAGCUUUUGGUCAAGCUCAGGCAUAUCAUGAUGGAACUUUUGAAUCCAAUGAUAUAUUGUUAGGAUCCACUGAUGAAGAAUUUCUACCAAUUAACGAGUAAUAUAUAUGCUUGAUAUGAAAGCUUGUUGAGUUUUUGUUUGGAGUUUGGAUAUGUUGACGUUUAAACGACAUGAUGUUUGUUUAUGUAGAUGUUUCUUUGUUUAAUAUUAUCCUUUUUG